UGUCAUCCUAAGGUGAGCAGGACGAGAGGGGAGCCUAGCACGAGCACGAAUCUAAAGGAGGCCCUCUGCGAGAAGAUUCCCGUGCACCACGAUCUCCUGAGGAACUUCCGGUUUCACUUUGGCCCGAGCGUCGUCAGUCAGAUCACGGUCGAGCAUCUGUAUGCGGGACUAGCCGAUGUGAAAACCAUCGUCAAGGAGACCUCGGAGCUCGAUCCCAAACACGGCAUCACGUACCGCGGCCUGACUAUACCGGAAGUGAUCGGUCUGCUGCCCCGCGAAGGGAGCUCGUCGAGCGCGGAGGCUGUGUUCUGGUUGCUCUUAACCGGCGACGUCCCGACGCAGCAGCAAACCGCCUCGUUGAUCGCCGACUGGACGUCGCGGCGUAAAAAAUGUACGGAAUGGUGGUCGGGUCCGCGGGCCGAAACGAUAGUCUCCGUUUUGCGUUCGAUGCCGGAAACGACACCCCUGCACAGGCUGUCGAUCGCGCUCACAAUUUUCGACAUCAGCAAGCAGGCGAAGGAGGCCAAAAAGCACGGCGCUAUGCCCUACGCUUAUUGGGAGUACACCUAUGAAGAUGGUAUGGAAUUUCUUGCUACUUUACCAGCGAUCAUUGGCUUGAUUGCCAAGGGCCAAACUUUGACAAAUGUGAGCGGUGACGGCGAUUGGGUGCAAUUUUUGUUAGAUUGCCUGAGCAGCGAGAGUUUCGACGGCAGAAGAUCAUCGAUCGCGGAUUUUCUCAGGCUAUACAUCACUUUAAACGCUGACGAUGAUGGCGGGGCUCCGAUCUCUCAUGUUACGCAAAUUUUGGGCUCAACUGAUCUCCAUAUAAAUGAGAUAUUAGCGAGCACGGUUUUGGCUCACGCCGACGAACCCAAAAGUGGAACGAUGCUGGAAUGGAAAGAGCUGCACAUGAAAAUCAAGAGCCGGCUCGGCCGCGUGUGGACGGAGCACGCUUUGAAAACUUGCGUACUGAAUUCUUGGAGCAGGGACAAAUUGACGGGGCACAAGGAGGCCGACUUCUGCGACCCGCGAUACACCGCGCUCCUGCACCACGCCAGGCAACAUUUGCCCAACAAUUCGGAAGUAAAGCUCUCGCAAGACAUCACGCGGAUAUUAAGGUCGGCGAUGAGAAGACCGAAAAGGAAAGACAUUUAUCCGGAGCAGAAUGCCCUGGCUCCCAUUAUUUUUCAGUAUUACGGCUUGGAAGACAUGCAGUUUAAUCAGACGAUACUUUACAUGGCGCGUGCUUUGGGAGCGAUCGCCUCGAUAAUCUGGACGACGGUCGUAAACGCGCCUGUCGAGCAUCCGAUAUCGAAUUGCACCUACAGUUACAUAGAAUCGAUUCGCGACGACAACAUAAAAAAACGGAAACGCAGGAUACGAAACACCGAACACAUAAAAAAUACAUGGGAAAAAUAGCGUGAACGGUAUCUAAGGCUGCUUCCUCCGGUGGUUCCUCCU